AUGGUGCUGAAGUUGCCGCUCCGGGCCGGGGCUGGGGCCUACGGAGUCCGAGAGUCCGUGUUCACUGUGGAGGGUGGCCAAAGAGCCAUCUUCUUUAACCGAAUUGGGGGUGUGCAGCAGGACACUAUCCUCGCAGAAGGACUGCACUUCAGGAUCCCCUGGUUCCAGUACCCCAGCAUCUAUGACAUUCGUGCGCGCCCAAAAAAGAUCUCUCUUCCCACGGGCUCCAAAGACCUUCAAAAGGUGAACAUUUCCCUGCGAGUGCUUUCCCGCCCCAAAGCCCUGGAGCUGCCCAGCAUGUACCAGUGUCUAGGGUUGGACUGUGAGGAGCAUGUGUUGGUCUCUAUCGUGAAUGAAGUGCUCAAGAGUGUUGUGGCCACGGUUAACGCCUCACAGCUCAUCGCACAGCGGGCCCAGGCGUCCUUGUUGAUCCGGCGGGAGCUGACAGAGCGGGCCAAGGACUUCAGCCUCAUCCUGGACGGUGUAGCCAUCACAGAGCUGAGCUUCAGGAGAGAGUACACGGCAGCUGUGGAGGCCAAACAAGUGGCCCAGCAGGGGGCCCAGAGCAUCUCUACCACUAUCACCACAUCUCAGAACCGACUCUAUCUCACUGCUGACAACCUUGUGCUGAACUUGCAGGACGAAAACUUCCCUUGA